AACAGCCUGUGUGCAGUCGGAAGCCAACAGGACUGAACAAUUGACACUAUUCACUUGUAGUAGCAACGGAAAAAAGAAGGGAGAAGUAGUACAAAUCAGCCCAGCUCAGAAUAGGUCGCUUCCUUGGUUUUGGUUGGGCCCAUCCAUCAAGAUUUUUCGUUUGAAAAUCUCUCCUCGGCAAUUUCCGCGAAUCCAUCAAGAUAACGAGUUGCUAGUCUGGUUAUUCCACCAUUCCUCUCUCUCUCUCUCUCCUAUCGUGGAAGAAGAAGUCUUGAAUGGCAGUUUGAGCAUCUCGGAUCUUCGACACUCGACCUCUCCCGACCGACGAACACUGACCUGCAAAGAUUCACCUUAAAAUCAGAACUGACUCGUAUUAUUCUAGUUUGCAGAUCUGGUCUUCCAUGCUCGAAUGAUCGCAGGUUCAAUUUCAUAGCAAAUUUUCUAGGUUUCGGUUACAGAUCGAAAUGAUUACCAUUCCCUACUUGACUGCCCUAACCACGUACUUCAGCUAUGGGUUGCUAUUCGCAUUCGGGCAAAUCAGAGAUCUUUUCAGAAAAAUUCUCGAUUGGUGGAGUGCCGACAACCUUCAGGGUUAUGCGCCGAUCUGCUUAGGGCUGGAGGAUUUCUAUAUCCGGCGUUUGUAUCUUCGUAUUCAGGACUGUUUUGGACGGCCAAUAGCAAGUGCUCCUGAUGCUUGGAUUGAUGUGGUUGAGCGUUAUUCCAAUGACAACAACAAGACAUUAAAACGGACAACGAAUAUAAAUAGAUGUCUAAACUUGGGAUCAUACAAUUACCUUGGGUUUGCUGCAUCAGAUGAAUAUUGCACUCCCCGUGUAUUCCGGUCACUGGAGACGUUUUCAGCAAGUACCUGUAGUACUUGUGUAGAUGGUGGCACUACUGUAUUGCACAAUGAGCUGGAAGAGUGUGUUGCAAAAUUUGUUGGAAAGCCAGCUGCUGUAGUAUUUGGUAUGGGCUACGUCACAAACUCCGCCAUCCUCCCAGUUCUGAUUGGAAAGGGAGGGUUGAUAAUUAGUGAUUCUUUGAAUCACAAUUCAAUUGUCAAUGGUGCUCGAGGAUCAGGAGCCACUAUUCGUGUUUUCUUACAUAAUACACCAUCUCACCUGGAGGAAGUUCUGAGAGAACAAAUUGCUGAGGGACAGCCGCGGACACAUAGACCUUGGAAAAAGAUCAUUGUUGUUGUAGAGGGAAUAUAUAGCAUGGAAGGGGAGCUCUGCAAACUUCCUGAGAUCAUAGCAGUCUGCAAGAAAUAUAAGGCAUACACAUAUUUGGAUGAGGCCCACAGCAUUGGAGCAGUUGGGAAAACAGGAAGAGGUGUUUGUGAGCUCUUAGGUGUGGAUACUGCUGACGUGGAUAUCAUGAUGGGAACUUUUACCAAGUCAUUCGGAUCAUGUGGUGGCUAUAUUGCAGGAUCUAAGGAGCUUAUUCAAUACCUAAAGUACACUUGUCCUGCUCAUCUAUAUGCAACAUCAAUCUCACCACCUGCCGCCCAACAGAUCAUAUCUGCCAUAAAAGUUAUUCUUGGGGAGGAUGGUUCCAGUAGAGGGGCUCAGAAGCUAGCACGAAUACGUGAGAACAGCAACUUUUUCAGGUCAGAACUUCAGAAAAUGGGAUUUGAGGUUCUUGGCGAUAAUGACUCUCCAAUAAUGCCUAUAAUGCUUUACAAUCCAGCUAAAAUCCCUGCCUUUUCUCGGGAGUGCCUUAAGCAAAAUGUGGCUAUUGUGACAGUUGCAUUCCCAGCAACCCCACUACUGUUGGCCCGGGCACGUAUAUGUAUAUCUGCUGCUCAUACCAAGGAAGAUCUCAUUAAAGCCUUGGAGGUUAUCAGCCAAGUUGGUGAUCUUGUGGGCAUAAAAUAUUUCCCUGCCGAACCCAAGAAGCAGCAAGAGGAGGAUGGCAGGCUGAAGUUGGACUAAGAGAUGUGCUUGGGUUGUUAAAUAUUCUUGAGGACCAGGAUGUGAUUUAGAUUUGUUAGCUUUUGUCACGACUUUGCUAAUACCUACCAACAACCUUGUUCUUUUGUACUGUUCUGAAAAUCAGGCAAGCAUCUUGUGUAGUUUCUGUAAGAGACGGAUCCUCGUCCAUACAUACACCAACCAGACAAAACUUAUUACUGGUUCGAACUAGUAUUUAUAUAAUCUCCCUCUAGUGUUUUUCUUUUUUUCCUGUUUAUGCCAUGUGUAAUUGCUACAUGCUUUGGUUUCCAAGUUGGAUUCUGCUUUGAUAGGGAAUUCCUUGUAUAUGUAUAUUACUAGUAGCCUCAUUUAUUGCAGUUUUUUUUUUUUUUUUAAAUUAUGAAAGAACUCCAAGGUGUGCAGAAAGUAAACAAAUUGCUAGACCAUUUGCACAUUCAA